UGAUGAUGGACAUGAUGGAAGGGGCGGAACCUUCCAUUGAUGGAAGCUGCGUUGGUGGGGCUAGCCCCGCACGGUACACACCUGGGCGGCACGGAUUUCACCGAGAGGGAACCGCCAGGGCUGAGACGGACAGUUCCCAAAUAUACUAGCGUCCAGCUGACGCUCGAUCAACGUCAGAAACAGGCGACGCCAGCACCAUGGUCCACAACAACCACGAAUCGCAACGGUAACCCGUCAGGAACACCUCCGUCCAGCAUGGUAUUAUCAGAAUACGCUGCAUCUCUAUGCCACGGAACAUGGGCUUCUCGGGUCUGCUCGGUGCGUCGGGCGACCGCACGGCCACAAAGGCAAAGAGCAUAACCUCGACCAGCACCGCUUCACUUCCAUCUGCGCCGGCGCCCGCUCCCUCUCUCGAGCCAACGACACCAGAGUAUAUCUCAGACGAGACGCAUCUAAUGCAUCUCGACCCGGAACCGCCCGACCUCCGCGAGCUCAACGCGUGCCUAGAUGCCCUCGCCGCCGUCUUCCCGGACAUCCAGAUCGAGGUGUUCCGCGACAUGUUCGCCAGCUUUGACGGCGAGUCGAGGCUGGCUCUGGUUGCCGACGCUCUGCUCAAGAACCGCGUCACGUGGGUCAAGGGUCGCUGGAGGGUUGCCGCUAAAGACGGCCAGACCGCCGAGGCCUUGGUUCCCAAGAAAGAGACGUUUCGGAGCCCGGAGUACAAGCAGGCCGUCAAGAACCUGGCAUGGCAAGAAUUCAAAGGUCUCUCUCGCUCCGCCAUCAACGCCGUCCUGGCCGAGACCAACUAUUCUUACCUCGACGCCCGCCAGACGCUGGUCGACCUGUCAUCCAAGUCCUGGCGCUUCACCAUAUCGUCGCUCUUUCUACGGCGGAAGCCCGUGUCGGCCACCGAGGCUGAGAAUCACCCUCUGGUGAUAUGGAGAUCGACGGGACAGGGCUCGAUAGUGCCCACGCUCAAAUCGACCGGCAACGCCGAGCUCGAUCGGGAGCUUUUUACGGCCCUCAUCAUACCGAUAACGGAGCGCGCCCGAGUCGAGCGCGAGGCCAAGGACUGUAAGAUGGCCAUGGAGCUGAACACGGCCGAGGCAGAGCAGACGGACAGCAUGAUCGAGUGCGCCUGCUGCUUCACUGAGUCGACGUUUGAAGAGUUUACGUCGUGCAAUGCCGACGGCCACAUGGUGUGCUUCCGGUGCGUGCAGCACUGCAUCUUCGAGGCCUUGUUCGGGCAAGCCUGGCAGCGCAGUAUCAACAAGGAGACAGGGACCCUUCGGUGCCCCGCCGUUGUCUCGAGUGCCGAGUGCCAGGGCUGCAUUCCCCAAGACCAUAUGCACCGGGCGAUGCUUCAGGAGAAGAAAGGCGCCGACAUUUUGCACAAGCUGGAGCAGCGCCUGGCGGACCACAGCCUAGUCGCGAGCAACCUCCCGCUCAUACGCUGCCCGUUUUGCGCGUAUGCCGAGGUCGACGAGAUCUACCUGCCGGUGAGCGAGGUCGACCUGCGCUUGAAGGCCGACAGCAUCAACACGGCCGUCCUGAUUUUUGUUGCGGUCUGCUGCCUGCCGCUUUUGGUGCCUCUCAUCCUCAUGUCAUACGGUGUUAUCAUGCUAAUUUUCUUUGUUACUCUGCUCCUCGGCUCCCGGUAUAAUCUGGGCAGUCGCCUGCAAAGCGAGUUCCGCGCGGCCAUCGUCCGCCGGCGCCGCAGGCGCCGCGGUCUCCGAUUCAAGUGCCAAAGCCCCGAGUGCCUGCGGGCGUCGUGCCUGUCGUGUAACAAGGCAUGGACCGACGUGCACGUGUGCAACGAGUCGUCGCUGGUGGCGCUGCGCACGCAAAUCGAGCAGGCCAUGAGCAUGGCGGUGAAGCGCGUGUGCCCGCGCUGCAACACGUCGUUUGUCAAGACGUCGGGGUGCAACAAGUUGGCGUGCCCCUGCGGCUACCAGAUGUGCUACGUCUGCCGCAAAAACAUUGGCGGCACCGGCGACGCGGCCGAUGUCGGGUACCGCCACUUUUGCCAGCACUUUCGCCCUCACGGGGACGCGAGGAAGUGCACCGAGUGUACGAGGUGCAACCUGUGGGAGGCCGAGGAUACGGACGAGGUGCUGCGCAAGGCCAAGGAGGAGGCCGAGCGCAAGUGGAGCGAGACGGAGCGGAGGGAGCUGACGGGCGCCGAGGUAGAGUACUUGAAGACGGGCUUAGCGGCUCAGCCGACGGCUCGAGGGGUCGACCAGGCGCUGCGGCAGGGAAGGUUGCCGACUUUGGCCGAGGUAUGCGAUUUUAUCCUGGAGACGGCAUUUGUUUAGUUGGGAUAGGGCCAUGAACGUUCGGGGCGGAUGGGCGUUGGCAUACAUACGGGUUUGCAUUUACAUCAUGGGCGUAGGACGGUGAUACCCGGGAGACGAGUCUCUAUACUCGGUAGUAGUAUCUUUCAUUGUAUUAUUUGUAAGAAGACCGGAAGCAAUCGCAUCGAAG